GUUUCCGGCGUCGGCGGCCUCGGCCGGGUACGGUGUGAGAGCGGUAAGAUGGCGGCUGCGGCAGUGGUGGAGUUCCAGAGAGCCCAGUCUCUACUCAGCACCGACCGGGAGGCCUCCAUCGACAUCCUCCACUCCAUCGUGAAGCGUGACAUUCAGGAGAAUGAUGAGGAGGCAGUGCAGGUCAAAGAGCAGAGCAUCCUGGAACUGGGGUCUCUCCUGGCGAAGACUGGACAAGCUGCAGAGCUUGGAGGACUGCUGAAGUAUGUGCGACCCUUCUUGAAUUCCAUCAGCAAGGCUAAAGCAGCUCGUCUGGUCCGAUCUCUUCUUGAUCUGUUUCUUGAUAUGGAAGCAGCUACAGGACAGGAGGGUGAAAGGAAACACUCUCAGGUCGAGUUGUGUUUAGAGUGCAUCGAAUGGGCCAAAUCAGAGAAGAGAACUUUCUUACGCCAAGCCUUGGAGGCAAGACUGGUGUCUUUGUACUUUGAUACCAAGAGGUACCAGGAAGCAUUGCAUUUGGGUUCUCAGUUGCUGCGGGAGUUGAAAAAGAUGGAUGACAAAGCCCUUUUGGUGGAAGUACAGCUUUUAGAAAGCAAAACAUACCAUGCCCUGAGCAACCUGCCAAAAGCCCGAGCUGCCUUAACCUCUGCUCGAACCACAGCAAAUGCCAUUUACUGCCCCCCUAAAUUGCAGGCCACCUUGGAUAUGCAGUCAGGUAUUAUCCAUGCAGCAGAGGAGAAGGAUUGGAAAACUGCAUACUCAUAUUUCUAUGAGGCAUUUGAGGGUUAUGACUCCAUCGAUAGCCCCAAGGCCAUCACAUCUCUGAAGUACAUGUUGCUGUGCAAAAUCAUGCUCAACACCCCAGAAGAUGUCCAGGCCUUGGUGAGCGGGAAGCUUGCACUUCGGUAUGCGGGGAGGCAGACAGAAGCAUUAAAAUGUGUGGCUCAGGCUAGCAAGAACAGAUCACUGGCAGAUUUUGAAAAGGCUCUGACAGAUUACCGGGCAGAGCUCCGGGAUGACCCAAUCAUCAGCACACACUUGGCCAAGUUGUAUGAUAACUUGCUGGAACAGAAUCUGAUCCGAGUCAUUGAGCCUUUUUCCCGAGUACAGAUCGAACACAUAUCUAGCCUCAUCAAACUCUCCAAGGCCGACGUGGAAAGGAAAUUAUCACAGAUGAUUCUUGACAAGAAAUUUCAUGGGAUCUUGGACCAGGGGGAGGGUGUCUUGAUUAUUUUUGAUGAACCCCCAGUAGAUAAAACUUAUGAAGCUGCUCUGGAAACAAUUCAGAACAUGAGUAAAGUAGUGGAUUCCCUCUACAACAAAGCCAAGAAACUGACAUAGAGUUGGAUCUGUAGCGGUCCUUUGGAGAGUGUGUGUGGCGGGAGAGUGAAACCUUUGGGGAAAAUGCUAGGAGAUUUUUUCUUUCUGUUCUACUUUUCGCUCAGAAAGUUUUUAAAUCCUCAUUUGGUGCAUCUGUAUCCCAGCCGAUAGGUGGGCCAGUUUUCAUGUAAUCUUUACUGGCCCAACUUGGGAGUGGGGAAAUUGCUUAAAAAAAGAAAAAAAAGAAAAAAAAAGGUUAUUCUAAAUAAAAGGAAAAAGGCUUACACUACCUAAAGCUGUGCUCUCUGCCUCCUGGGAGAGGGCCGCCAAGCCAGGCGCUCCGCCAGCCACUGGGGCUCCUAACCCACCCGCUGGGCGUCACCUCGCCUCCUCUUCAGAAUUGGGUGUUCGCCUAUCAAAGCAACGACUUUUUAUUCUGUUUGUACUGAACCAAAACAAACAACUGUGUAUAGACUGCUAUUUUCCUUUUUAUUUGAAAUGAGGCGUUCCGGUGUCCUUUCCCCUGCCAUGUGGCCCAUCCCCCUGCCCUCCCCCCAACAAUGGCUCCAGCAGACUGGCCGAAGGUCCCGCCGCCGCCACCGCCGCAGCAGCACCUGCACGGCUCCGCUCCGACCUGGGAAGGAAUGGGGACAUGGCCAGGAGCUAGUGUCACCAUGGCCACACGGGGAGCAGUGUGGGCCCUCAGGGGGCCUGCUGUGCAUGUGGCUCUUUUUAACACAGUAAACUAGAUUAGGUGUCAGUGUUUUAAUUGCCCCUCUCCUCUGCUCUUUUCUCUCUCCCCCUGUUUCCCCUUCUCUCAACCAAGAGACCAUCCCAUGUCUCUCUUCCUUCCUCCUUCCCCCCUCCAGGGGAGCCAGGCUGUCUGAAAUCCUUCAGCUUCUCUCCCCAUCCCCCUGCUUCUCUCCUGCUGUCAGAUGGAUUUAUUCCUUUUUUAAACAGUGAACAUCGGAAAUGAGACUGUGGGGUGUGUUGUUCUUUUUUUUUUUUUCCUCCCAAUUUUUGUUGUUGGGUUUUUGAGCAACCUCAUGUCCCCCUCCCAGGGAGCUUUCUUUAUUUACCUCUUAGAGAUGGAACGGAUGGCAGGUAGAGCACUGUACUCCAGCAUGCUUUGUUUUAUGAUGAGAUUACAUAGCAAGGCUUUAAUGCCAUGUGGGCAGGUAAGCUUCUGCACCUCUGUUGUGCUCAGCUAUAUUUUCUUCUUCCUCUCAUUCUUCUUUGUCUUCUUUUUUCCUCUCCCCCUCCUCCUGCCUCCUUCCUGCUGGCCUCCUUUUAUCUUUCUUUCCCUUUGUCAGAUUAUCCUUCCAGGUUUUCGUAAUAAAUUUAUAUUUUGUAAAAGGAUUUUGUUGUACCAGGUUUUGCAUCCUCACUGAAUCUGACUGGUUUUUAUUUUCCUCUCCAAAAUCAGGUUUUUGUUCUCAACAUCUUUCCCCAUCAUGUCCAGUCACUGUUUUGGUUUUGGCACCAUCAAUAUCAAAUGUACAAACGGUUCUUGCUAACCAACACCAGGUAUAUCUGAUGUUCAGAUGAGUUCCAAUAAAAACAAUUUUUUUUUCAAAAA